AUGAAUAAUGUUUUUAGCUUUUCUAUUCUUGGUAAAUUAAAUAUAAGGACUCAACUCAAUUCGGCUUAUCGCAAUAAUCUAAUUAAACAUAAUAAUCAAGUGGAUAAGAAUCGAUAUGUAUUGAAUAAAAUUAUUAAUUGUAUAAGGUUUUGUGGAGCAUUUGAGUUAGCCUUAAGGGGUCAUGAUGAAAAGGAAAAUUCGGAAAACAGAGGCAUAUUUAAGGAGCUGGUGAAUUUUAGCGCCGAAUUAGACAACGAAUUGAAAGUCCAUAUUCAAAGUGCCAAACUUUUUAAGGGUACCUCAAAAACAACUCAAAACGAGCUUCUUGAGUGCAUGCUAGAUGUUUAUCAUGAAGAAGUUAAGAAGGAGAUUGCAAAUUCUCCUUUUGUUGCAGUAAUUGCCGAUGAAACGACGGACGUAGCCUGUGAAUUUCAAUAUUUGUGUAAAGGACAACCAGUUGAGAGAUUUUGGAGAUUUUACGUCCCCGACGGACACGAUGCCAAAUCAAUCGCUGCAUGCGUUUUAAAUGUUGUAAAUCCAUUACUAGAUCAAAAUCCAAACAAAUUAAUAGCUCAAAGCUAUGAUGGUGCGUCUGUUAUAAGUGUUUAUGAAAAUAGGAAAGACCUGAUUGAAGUUAUGGACAAUAUAGAAAGUACUUCAUGCGAUUCUUCGUCGAUUAAUCAAGCCAGUGGGUACAAAUUAAAGCUGCAAGAUACAAAUUUUGUAUUUUGGCUAAGUAUUUUCCAUAAAAUAAUGCCACAUGUUGAAAUUGUCUUUAACCAAUUACAAAAAGUAUGCACCGAUUCUGUUAAGGUCAAAAAUGAUUUAGAGAAUUUUGAAGCAGCAAUUCAAACCAUACGAGAACAAAUGGAUAGCAUUAUUGACGAGAUUGAACGAGUGCAGAGAGAAACUGAUGAACCGGCAAGAAAAAAAGGCAAGUUGAAGAAGGCAGCAAAAAACGGGAAGCGUUAG